AUGGUGGGCGUUGGCGUGGCCUCUGUGGGGGGUGCUAAAAGGAAGCAGCAGGCGUCAGACACGGAGACGGGGCGAUGGCAGCUGAAGAACACCAAUGAGGACAAAAGAAACCGAAAUCUGCGUGAAAGAAUGAAGCGGCGUGGGUGCUUUGCAAAAAGGAAGGUCGAGAUGGGUGCACCCGAGGUGUCUGGAAUGUCGGAAAGGGGACGAGGCUAG